GAGCACUGGUAUGGUCCAAUCGAACACGCCCCAGACAUCCAGCGUUAUGCGACACGCGUGACAGCGACAGAGCUGUUCUUGCACAGACUUAACUUGCCGCUUGCAGCACGGUUUUGGAGUAAGGUAAUCUCCAAGCUCCUAACACUGCCCCGUGUUGAUUCUGGUUUGUGUCGUGCGGGCACCUGGUUGGCUCCAAACAUCACGGUGUCAGAUAGUAGGUGCGAGAAUGUGGCCGCAGCGUCGAUGUAUGGAGCAAUCGCGCAGCCGAUAUCGGCAAUGUGAUGUGGAGCUCAGCGGAGGAUCGCCACAAAAUAUCUUCAGCAGACGAUAAUUGCCAGCGAGGCUCUUGCUUUGGAAUAUGGAACAUUUCCUGCAGCGACCAGAUGGUGAACGCACUUAGAUGUGAUAUAGUGAUCGUCAGUGGGAAACGUUCAAUGAUUUUCGAGGAACAAGUAGUUUCGACACCAUUUACAAGAUUAAAAGAUCUCCAAUUUGCGAAACUAUUUACACGGGGUUUUUUUCUGGUUCACAAACGUGAAGGACAACAAACAAUUGACACUUCUUGAACCUUUUGAAGUAUUUAUUUCUCGUGCGAGCACAAAAAGUUUAUGAUUCCGACGGAUGUGUUUUAGAAAUCCAGCUGUUCAGACUCAACUUUGGACUGAGAAGCGUUGACGAAGUCAGUUCACGGGAGAUUUUUACAACAUUUUUAAGUCCAGUUAAACAUCUCGAGAAAUUGAGGAGCACCUUCGUUUGACUAAUUAACCAAACUGAUUACAGAACAAAUCGAACAUGGAUGGUUCAAUGGUGUGUUGGAUUUACCUGUUAUGGUCAAUUGGUGGAUAUGCUGUGAGAACGCAACAGAUCACGUUGCUGGAGAGGUUCAAGCAGGAGCAGGUGCUCAAGAAGGCCUUUCUCCAGUGUCAACAGCGCCAUAACUCUACACUCGAGACUCUGACAGGUCUUUACUGCAACAGAACAUGGGACAACAUAACAUGCUGGGACGACAGCCCCGCCGGCGAAAUCGUUCAACAACCCUGUCCGGCGUACAUCAACGGCUUCGAUCAAGGAGAGUUUGCCACGAAGGAGUGUCUCCCUGACGGAACUUGGUUUGGUUUCAACGGCAGCAGCAGGCCAUGGACGAACUACAGUACCUGCAGCAAGGGGACGCUGCAACCACUGCAUCACCUCAUCACGGAACACAUGCCGCGCGUCAAACUCAUGUACACGAUUGGCUACUCCGUGUCCUUGACCUUCCUGAUUCUGGCCGUCGCCAUUAUGGUGUAUUUCAAACGUCUUCAUUGCCCGAGGAACAUGAUCCAUCUCAACUUAUUUCUGGCCGUACUGGUGCGAGCUGGUAUUUCUCUCAUGAGAAGCGUGCUGCUUGUGAAUGACGUCGGUUUCCCCGGCGACGUCGCCGUCAUGCCGUCUGGACAAAUCAUCUUCCUGGAUGGACCGCACUGGGAGUGCCGCUUGUUCUUCACUCUGUUUAACUACGCCAUCAUGACGAACCUGUUCUGGAUUUUCAACGAAGGUCUAUAUCUCCAGCUGAUUCUUUCAAUAUCCGUGUUCGCGGAGAAGACCAAGCUCCGGUGGUUCGUGCUGCUUGGCUGGGGCAUGCCGAUAUUAUUCGUCAUUCCAUGGGCGAUGGUUCGAUUAUAUCUCGACAAUACGAUGUGCUGGAAUGUACACCAUGGCCAUCCCAAGCUGUACUGGAUCAUCAAAGGUCCAAUGGCAGUGUCGGUUGUAAUCAACUUUAUAUUUUUUAUCAACAUCGUUCGGUUAUUGUUCACGAAACUCUCUGCGUCCAACUGCCACGAGUCUCGAACAUUUCGAUACAGGUGCAUAUGUAUCUACUGCAACAGAACAUGGGACAACAUCACAUGCUGGGACGACAGCCCCGCCGGCGAAAUCGUUCAACAACCCUGUCCGGCGUACAUCAACGGCUUCGAUCAAGGAGAGUUUGCCACGAAGGAGUGUCUGCCUGACGGAACUUGGUUUGGUUUCAACGGCAGCGGCAGGCCAUGGACGAACUACAGUACCUGCAGCAAGGGGACACUGCAACCACUGCAUCACCUCAUCACGGAACACAUGCCGCGCGUCAAACUCAUGUACACGAUUGGCUACUCCGUGUCCUUGACCUUCCUGAUUCUGGCCGUCGCCAUUAUGGUGUAUUUCAAACGUCUUCAUUGCCCGAGGAACAUGAUCCAUCUCAACCUAUUUCUGGCCGUACUGGUGCGAGCUGGUAUAUCUCUCAUGAGAAGCGUGCUGCUUGUGAAUGACGUCGGUUUCCCCGGCGACGUCGCCGUCAUGCCGUCUGGACAAAUCAUCUUCCUGGAUGGACCGCACUGGGAGUGCCGCUUGUUCUUCACUCUGUUUAACUACGCCAUCAUGACGAACCUGUUCUGGAUUUUCAACGAAGGUCUAUAUCUCCAGCUGAUUCUUUCAAUAUCCGUGUUCGCGGAGAAGACCAAGCUUCGGUGGUGCUGGAAUGUACACCAUGGCCAUCCUAAGCUGUACUGGAUCAUCAAAGGUCCAAUGGCAGUGUCGGUUGUAACAGUACAUAUUGUGUCUAGACGCCUGGCCAAGUCUAUAGUGAUCCUGAUCCCCCUGUUUGCCGUGUACUACAUGGGCUUCAUCUGGCUCCCUGAGGACCUCGGCACAACCGGCAUCAUCGUCAAGCUGUACAUUGAGCUCGGCUUCAACUCCUUCCAGGGUUUCUUCGUCGCCAUGUUAUUUUGUUUCCUAAACGCCGAGGUUCAAAAUGAAAUCAAGAAGAAAUGGCAGCGACAAGUACUCCGUCGGGCGAGCAGCAUCGCCGGCCGCUCGGCGGCGUCCGUCAACCACAAGAGUGCCAGGUUCCACGAUCACUCCGUCAUAAGGACGACAGCUGAUUCCACGGCGGAACACAGCAUGAUACACGAACAAAAUGGACAUCUCACCCCGAUAUCCGAGGAAAAAGUGCCUUUACGAAAAUCGGCCGAUUGUAACGACAAUAAAACCGGAAGUACGCUGCAAAAUGGCGAUAGUCAUGCGCAGUGUGAACCCAUGAUGGGCGAAGACAGUUUUGUUUGAAAAGCUCUGGAAACAGAAAGAUGCUUCUAUUUUGUGACACCAGUUAACCAGUUGAGAUGAGAACGGUUGAACAUGUAGUAAGUAUAGUCAACUGAAGAUUAUGUUUCCUGAAAAAAGUGGCUUUCUGAUCAACCGGUUUCGUUGUGAGAAUGUGCGUCCCGGUUCCACUUGUACCAAAAUCAGCGUUCGUGUAUAUGACUAUGAAACGUUUUAGCCUUGCGUCAGAUAGAUGGCCAGUGGAAUGCCAAAAGAUAUUAUCUCAGUAACGAUAAUGAGCAUAUUGUGAACAGGUCUUGAGUAAGACGUCAAUCAAAGUAUGGUGCUUGUAGUACGUCUCAAGUUGGACAGACACGAGUGUCGUUGAGCGCCGAAUGGAUGGUUGGUUUGCUUUAAGUUACAUAAGACAUUUCCCAGUGAGAAUGUGGACAAAAGAAGCUCGAAGUUGUUUAGAGGAGUAGUUUGGGUGAUAGGGAAGUGCACCGUCGUCAAACUGAAGGUUAGGACACUUCCUUCGUCAAACAAAUGGUUGUACGCGUCAUUUGUCAAACUGAAGGCUGAGACACUUCUAUAGUCAAGCACAUGGUUGGUACUCAUCCCUUGUCAAACAGAAGUUUGAGACGCUUCUGUAGUCAAACAGAAGAUUGGGACGUUUACCUGGAGAAACAGGAUGUUGGGACACUUCCUUCGUCAAACAAAUGGGAGGCACACGUCCCUUGUCAAAGAGAAGGUUAAGACACUUCUAUAGUCAAACAGACGGUUGGGACGCUUCCCUGGACAAACAGGAGGUUGGGACACUUCCUUCAUCAAACCAAUGACUGAUACUCGUUCCUUGUCAAACAGAAGUGUGGGACCCUACCUUCGAAAAACAGAAUGUUAGGGACACUUUGGUCCUUCUUUCAACAAAUGGGUAGUACACGUCCCUUGUUAAAUAAUAGGUUGGGACACUUCUAUAUUGAAACAGGAGGUUGGGACACUUCCUUCGUCAAACAAAUGGUUAGUACACGUCCCUUGUCUAACAGGAGGUUGGGACACAUUCUUAGUCAAACAAAUGGUUGCGACGCGUCCCUGGUCAAACAGAAGGUAAAGGACACUCCUUCGUCAAACGAUUGUUUCUGGACGGAAAUACGACACUUAUGCGGACUAGACAUUGUUUUGGUAAGCCAGUUGAUUCAAAGGGUGUUUGACGUACCUGUGCUUACAAAUAUAAACAAAUGCCGGUUCUAA